AAUCAGAGAAGAUGAAGAAAUUCCCCUUGUUUGUCAUUCAAAUCAGUGGCAUUUUCUGUCUGAUUUAGGGCACACCACAGUAAAUGAAGAAAUGGGUAUCAGAUACUUCCAGGCCAGCAGGAAUCCUAAACAAGGUUGUGGAUGCUGUUGCCCGUGAGAUUGAUAUGGAAUGGGGAGUGGAAGAUGACUUGCAAAAGCUUCAAAACACCGUAGAAAUGGUUCUUGCCAAAAUUGUUGAUGCUGAGCAGAAGCAUGGGAAGAACAAUGAGUUAAGAUGUUGGUUGAAAAGCCUUAAAGACAUUGCUUAUGAAGCGGAUGACAUAAUGGAUAGCUUCUCUUACGAAGCCAUGCGGCGUCAGCAUGAAAAGCGCAGCGUGAAGAAUAAGGUACUCGGUUUUGUUUCGUCUUCCAAUCCACUCGCAUUCCGUUUGAGUAUGGCUAAAAAACUCAAAGACAUUAACAAAAGGUUAGAGGUAGUUUCCAAUGAUAUGGGUAACUUUCAAUUGCAAAGUACACCAAGUAAUACUAUUAUCGCGCAUGAUGAUAGUAGCGAGCAACUGAGUCUACAAACAAGGUCGUCGGUGGAUGAGUCAGAAACUCUUGAAAGCAAAGAUGAUAAAUGUUGGUCGAUCAUUUCGAAGAAAGCUUUUUCUCAAGGGAGGGCACUGAAGACUUCUAAGAUGACUAAAAAAGGAAAAGAGAUUUCAAAAAUAUAUGGUGGCUUACCGCUUGCAGAAAGUGAUUGGUUAUCUAUUCAACAAAAUAAUAAUUGGGAUUCCCCGGGAAGUCAGAACAAAGUAAUACCGAUACCAAGAUCAAGCUAUGAUAUUUUGUCAUCUCAAUUGAAACAGUGUUUUUCAUAUUGCUCCCUAUUUCCCAAGGACUGGGAGAUCAAUAGAGAAACUCUUAUUCAGUUAUGGAUGGCUGAAGGAUUCCUUGAUUCGUCUCUACAAAACAAUAGAUCGAUGGAAGAUACCGGCAAAGAAUGUUUUGAGAGAUUGUUGGGGAGCUCAUUUCUCGAGGGUAUAAAGAAAAACGUAUUAGGUGAUGUGACAACCUGGAAAAUGCAUGACCUUGUACACGAUCUUGCUCAAGCGGUUGUUGGGGAUGGUGAAUGUGUAUCUCUCAAGGUAAGCGAGUUGAAUAAUGUUUCUGAAGUUCGUCGUUUAGAGUUAACUAUGGAUUCAGCAAUAUUUCCUGAAACAACUAGUAAUAUAAAGAAGUUGCGGACACUCAUUGUCCUUAAACCAAUAUAUACCUUGAACCUUAAUAGAUUCUCUAGACACAUGCGUGUUUUACAUUUGGGUCGUCCUGGGUUAAACUGUUCAGAUAUUUUAUUCUCAACUUCUAAGCUAAGGCAUUUAAGAUACUUGAACCUUUCGUCUAUAAAUUUUAGUGUGGGGAAGAAACUUGCAGAGUCCAUCACUAGAUUUUAUAAUUUGCAGACAUUGGUACUAAGGGGGUGUCUCCAUGUUCAAGAUGUUCUUAGAAACAUAGAAUCAUUAAAUAAUCUAAGACACCUUGAUAUCUCAUUUACGGACAUUGAAGAACUACCUGAUUCUGUCACUAGCCUCUGUACUUUGCAAAGAUUGGAUCUCAAUCACUGCAGAAGCUUAACCUCCUUUCCCAAGUCAGCUACUGGUUUGAAAUAUCUUAGAUUUCUUGAUAUGUCUUUUACACCUAUUGAAGAACUGCCUGCUUUUAUUAGUAGCCUCCACAAUCUGCAGACAUUAGACCUCACCAACUGCAGCAGAUUAGGAUCCGUACCAGAUUAUGUGACAAGUCUUGAGUAUUUGAGCAUAUUUAAUUUCGAAGAUUGCACACUCGUAAAAACACUACCCAAAAAUUUUGGAGAUUUAACACAGCUAAGGUCUCUUAACCUGGGUGGUACUGGUGUCAAAGUAUUACCGGAUUCUUGUGUUUCCCUCAAAAAUCUUGAGUUUCUUAAUCUUUUCAUGUGUGAGCUUCCCCAAGAGGUAAAGUAUUGGAAAAAACUGAGAGAGUUUUAUUACCGUAUCGGAACUCCAGUGGGUGUAGGUGAACUAGUUUGUCUGCAAACAUUGAUUUACAGGGUAGGAGAAAAUGUAUUAGGAAAGUCUGAAAGUAAUAAUGGUAUUGAAGAGAUAGGAAACCUGAACUUCCUUGAGAAGCUGCAUAUUAUGGAUCUUCAGAACGUGAAAGACACAUUACAUGCUGCGAGAGCGAAUUUACAAAGGAAGCAGAACCUUCAGUUUUUGGGACUGUGUUAUGCUGAAAAAUUGCUGGAGGAGAAGUGUUAUAGUGACAGUAAUACGGUGCUAGAAGCUCUCCAACCUCCAACUAAUUUGAGAAUUUUGAAGAUCGUGAACUUUAUGGGGUGGGACUUUCCCACGUGGAUGUGUGUUCCUUCACUUCCAAAUCUGGAACAGUUGGAAUUGGAAAACUGCAAAGAAAUUAGACAACUUCCAGCAGCGAUCGAGCAGUUUCCAGGUCUAAGAUUCUUGAACUUAAAACGAAUGUCUUUGAAGAGUUUGGAUAUCGGAUUACCUGCCGUACAUGAAAUCAGUCUUACGGAUAUGUUCUACCUAGAAGAGAUUUGCUGUUUCUGUCCUUUUCUUCAGACUCUCCAGAUCGUUGACUGCAAAAUCUUGGUCGACAUCGCUUCGUUUCCAUCUCUACAGCAUUUGUACUUAGAGAAGAUCGAUCACAAGUUAGUAAGCUCGAUUGGUCGCAGCUUCACCUCUCUUACCAAGCUUCUUUUAAAACAUGUAGAGGAGCUUGAUUACUUCCCAGUAAACAUACUUCAAAACAACCGCAAUCUUCAAAUUUUAAGUAUCGAUGGGUGUAAAAAGUUUGAAGGAUUUCUGGUAGAAGAUGGUGAGGACGAGAUUACACUAUUUGGCUCUCUUCAGAGAUUGGUCUUGAUGGAUUGUCCAGUUCUAAAGUUUGUACCAGAUUUACGUAAGUGGAAUUCUCUUUGGAAAUUAACCAUCUUCCGCUGCCCUCGAUUGUUGGCGUCUUUAACCUAUGAUCUUAAAUCCCUCUCUUAUCUCAAAGAAUUGUAUGUGGAUCUUAUGCAACGAAAUGAGCAACAUGAAGAUGUAUAUUAUGCAGAUGACUUGAUCAAUUUGUUGCAGUAGCAGCUGAAGAAUUUUCUGUAUUUAUGAAACCUCGGGAAGCCGAAGCCAUGGUUUGGUUCGAUCACCGGGUUAUACUACCUCAAGGAUGAGAUGCUGAAGCACAGAUAUAACGUUGAAGAAAAGCUCCCCCCCAAAAAAACACCCUAACACCACCAACCUCCGCCGCAACUCUGCAGGGGUACCACAACCACUUUCACAAUUUCACUGAAGAAAAAACCACCUUCGUAGUUUUAUUGUGCAUUAUGUGUUUUCUUUUUUUCUAAAGAAACAUAAAUUUAUUGUUCAUUCUAGUAUUGCACCGAGCCCUAUGUAUCUCUGCCACAGAUAUUAUGGGUUUAUCUUGCAAUCUGAGCUGCGAUGUUAUUUCUGAAUAUGUAUCCUCAGGUUUAUCACAUGUAUUUUUGAAAAUAUG